AUGUCUGCCGAAAAAGACUGGAAUCAAGACCAAAUUCUGAAACUUAUUGAUUUAGUACAGCAAAGUUUAAAUUAUUUAAAAAGUGUCAUACCUGAAGAAGCUACAGAUUUGGUCGAGUAUUUUGAACGCACAUAUGUAGGGUCGUAUAAAAGAGUUGGGAACGUGCAAUCGGAGACACGUAUAAAAUUGCGAAAAACAUCUCCUCAUUUUCCACCAUCUGUCUGGAAUGUAAGAGACGCAACAUUAAACAACGGAGAUCGGACUAACAAUGUAUGUGAGGGAUGGAAUAAUCAAACUUAGUAAGUACUUAUUUAUUCAAUUAAAAUUUUCAAUAUAAUUUGUUUAAUAUUAAUUAAGGUGAAUCACAAACAUCCAACAAUUUGGACAUUGAUUACUAAGAUGCGGCAUGAAAAUGCAGCAGACGAGACCAAAGUCGCGCAGCGUCAACUGGGUACUUGUACAAUUGGACCACCAUUGAAAAAUAAAAGGAAAUAUACCUACGUUAAAACAUCUUUGCGAAGAGUACAAUGA